UAUUUCAUAGGUAUGACAACAAGUAUGGACAACAACCACCAGCCUUCACAGGGAGAAGCUCCACAUUGUUCCUUUCCCUUCAGAGCUGUGGGGCUUUUCACAGGGGACAUGCGACGGUGUGGAGAGUGGGUAAAAAGACAGUCUUUGGUAAUCCAGCUACCGGACUGCGUUUUCCGAGGGGUGGCCCAGGUCAUGUUCGUGAACAACCCUCUCAGUGGGCUCCUCAUAGUGAUCGGCCUCUUCCUGCAGAACCCCUGGUGGGCUCUGAAUGGUCUGCUGGGGACCCUGGUCUCCACUGUGUCUGCCUUCAUGUUGGGACAAAACAGGGAGGCCAUAUCAGCGGGAUUAUAUGGCUACAAUGGAACGCUGGUCGGCAUACUGAUUGCUGUGUUCUCCGCCAAAGGAAGCUGGUACUGGUGGCUGUUCCUGCCAAAUGUGUUCAUGUCCAUGUUGUGCCCAGUGGUCUCCAGUGCUUUGUCUUCAGUUGCCAGUAAAUGGGACCUCCCAAUAUUCACCCUGCCCUUUAAUAUUUUGGUGUGUUUACACAUUGCAGCUACAGGAGCUGCUCAUCCGUAUUUUCCAGAGGUGGAUAUUCAGCCAAACAACCACCUGCACCAUCUAAAUGACUCCAUCCAAAGUCUCACUAUUCCUCAGCUCUUCCUGUCGGUGCCGGUUGGCGUUGGCCAGGUGUACGGCUGUGACAGUCCUUGGACAGGAGGUCUCAUCCUUCUGGCCCUGCUGCUCUGCUCACCAACUCUCUGUUUCCAUGCCAUGUUGGGUUCUGCUGCUGGCAUGUUUGCUGGACUUGCUCUGGCUGCUCCUCACAGGGAUAUCUACACAGGGCUGUGGGGAUACAACAGCGCUCUGUCCUGCAUUGCUAUUGGAGGAGUCUUCUAUGUUAUAACAUGGCAAACCCAUCUACUAGCACUGAUAUGUGCACUUUUCUGCGCGUACAUGACGUCAGCCACCUCAAAACUGAUGUCUGUGCUUGCAUUACCGGCCUGCACGUGGCCUUUCUGCCUGUCGACUCUCAUCUUCCUCCUCAUUUCCUCUGAGAUCCCUGCCAUCUGCAGACUGCCUCUGUCUGUGGUCUCCUACCCCGAGGAAAAUCGCCGUUACCGGAGACAAUUAAAGGCCUCAGAGGAAGCUCAGCACAGUCAGCAGAACGGCAGCCAAGAAGAGGCCCGGCCGAAGGAGAAGGGACGACCAAAUGUCCAGCUCCAAGCGGAAAAGGGCUGCAGUGAAUGUGUGUGAUUUUUAGAAGAUGCUAGAUGUUUAGAAGAUGUUUGUCCUGACAUUUACCUCUGUACAAGAUUAAUUGCAGAAGUAGCACAGUUAUGUAUAAUUUUUGACAUUUCCUGCCUUACAUAAGCAAAGUUGUUACAUAAAUCGCCUAAUUUUGUAGUGACAAAUGUUUUCUGAAUACCUUCAUCUGUAAUAAUUUGUCUAUACUGCAGAGGGCAGCACGUUGCAAGGAAACAUAAGCUACAGUGCAUGAAAAUCCAGCAAUGCUGAGGGGAAACACUGUGCAGAUCUUCAUGUGCACCAGCAGCAUAUAUUGUUAAGCAUUUCAUUUUGCAAAUAAAGCCAUUUAGUUAUUCACAUACAACAGCCACACAGCAAAAAUGGGGGGAGGAAGCAAACAGUAAAAAACACUUUCCCCUCUCAGCAGCAGAAUCUCAGUGGUUGCUGGUGGAGGAUUUAAAAUGCAGCAGUGUUUCAUCAGUGCAGACAGUGAGCUGCAGGGGAGAUUUCAUGACGUGCUCCCCCUGCAAAAACACCUCCUUCACUGCCAGCCAUUAUCCAUCACUGCCUUCUGUACUCCAAUCUGUCCUGUUGUCUUCUCUUGUCAUUCCUCUUUGUGUUUUCAGCUGCACCUCUCCCCCAAUUUAACCCGUUUUUAUCAACUUUUGCUUAUCUUCUACUUUUCUUUUCCUCCAAUUUCCCCUCUUCUGGCAUUAUCUGUCUUCUUCUCCUCAUUUGAGGGCAAACUUCUCCUUUUUCCUCAAGAAGCGAGAAGAUUUCGAUCUCUGUGAAACCAGGCUGCCGAGGUGUCAGCUUAUGAAAGAGCUCUGUCUGGGUCAGUGUCUGCAGUGAUAUUUACAGUCAUGAGUGUACCUUUAUGGGUCUUUAUUGCCAUCUGCCUGUGUGUGUGUCUAUUGCGCCAGUGAGGCACAUGGCAUUCGUCUAGCCACACAGAAGAGCCAGUCACACUCGCAGACAUGUGUGGGAGCUGCAGUACAUCGGGGGAGAAGGUGCGAGACGAGAGAAGGGGACCAAGUUGGAAAAAUGAGAACAUUUCAUUUUUUUCCCUGGUGAUAAAAUAUGACUUGUUAUGACUGUGUUUUUUUUCUUGUUGAAUGUCUAAUAUGCAUUUCUAUUGUCAGCCACUCUUUGAACACAAUACCCCCUCAAAUUAAAUCUACUCAAACUCUCAAGGCAUCACAGAGGAAAAUUUUCUUCCUAAUACUUUCUCUGAUCUGCUGCAGCCUCUAGGUAAGAAUGACCUCAGUCGGUAGAUUUCUCUGUGGCCUUUUUCACAACGUCGAUUCAUCCAGUGACCUUUGAAGGACGGGGUAAGUGUUGGCAGUGGGACGAUGCGAGAUGGAGUUUGUGUCACUUCGCCUGUGCUGCUGCUGUGUGCACUCAGCAGUGUGAUUCACCUUGCAAAAGCCCCCUGCAGGCAGCUCCCACUGCUCUCACAAAACAGAACAGGGAAGAGGGUUCGGGGGUGAGACAGGUCUUAACCCGUGAAGGAUGAAACAAAGCAAAAGCACAGCAAAAAAACAAAGAAGAGCUUGUGCUUGUGUCUGGAACAAAAUGUCUACACCGGCUCCUGUCAGUUAAGAAUAGCAAGUCUCAUGUAACAAAGUA